UUUGGCGCUGCCUGCAUGAACAGGAGCACCCAGCCUGAACACGGAGCCUAUAGCCCCAAUGCAUGUCUGCAUGUAUCUGUGUGUGUGCGUGUGUGUGUGUGUGGUGCGUGCGUGCGUGCGUGCGUGUGCGUGUGUGUUCAUGGCUGGUUGCAACGGAGAGCUUUUGCACCUGUGUUCUUCGCCUUUGUCCUUCUUGCUCCUGAUACUCAGGUCUUCUCCUCUUUAAGCCUGUGAGGCCGCUCCUCCAGGCUUUGAUGCCCACACUCUUUAAAGCAGGUGGACAGACACAGGCAUGAGUAACAGUGGGACCAAAGAGCCGUCUCCCGAGCUGAGCACUUCCCAGUCACCUCCUGAACCUCAGCGCCGGGGGAGGGGUCGGCCACGGAAACAGCUGCAGGAGCCUGUUGGACCACCGACCCCAAAGCGACCGAGAGGACGUCCAAAAGGCAGCAAGAACAAAGGCCCAAAAACUGCACUGAAGAAAGUAGAACCUGUUGGGGAGAGACGACCUCGUGGGCGACCAAGGAAAUGGCCCCAGAAAGUAGUUAAAGUAGCGGAAGAGCAACAGGACUCUUCAGACGAGGCCGAGGAAGGUCCCUCGCAGCUUAAGCCUUCGACAUCUCAGGUUCCAACACAGGAGGAAGGGGAGUAGAUAGGAUGCUGCUCUACCUACCUCAAGGUUUGGCCUCCAACAAACAGGGGUACUGUCUGACUCCUAUCUGUGAUGGGGAUUCAGGAAUACAUACACACACACACAAAUCAUUGCAGACAGUGGUUUCUUCUCUCUAUCUGGUACUGUAUCCUGGUUUUUAUUGGUUCACGCUAAGAACAUGGCUUUUGGUGAGGGAAUAGUUUGACAUUUCGUGAAAUAGAUCUAUUCCCUAAUAUUAAGCUACUGUCAGCAGCUGGUUAGCUUAGCUUAGCAUAAAAAAUUGAAACAUCUAUUCUGGCGUCAUCCAAAGGUUACAAAAUCUAACUACCAGCACCUCUAAAUCUCUGUAAUGACCCGGUUAUAUCUCAUUUGUUUGAUCUGUACACAAAUCAAAAGUGUACGGCUCAAACUUGUUUUUAUAAAGACUUUUAUUGUCAUCAUGUGCCUUUUCGAGUUUCAGACUGUUUCCAGUUUGUAUACUACGCAUUGUUCAAUCUUCUCAUCUAACUCAAGGCAAAAAUGCCAAGAAGUAUAUUUCCAAAAAUGCUUACCUACUGCUUCAAGGAUGCCUGCUUUCCCGAACCUCUGUGUGUGUGUGUGUGUGUGCGUGUGUGUGUGUGUGUGUGUGGGAGGGGUGUGGGGGGGGUGUGGGUGUG